CUGGAUUAUACUAAACCGUAGAGGGAAAAAAAAAAAAUCCUUGGCUUUGUUUGUCAAACAAAACUGUGAAGUUUGGAACCCGUAGCCAUUUUCAAGUCUCUCUCUCUCAGACUGAAAAUCAGACUGAAAAUGCAAGCUAUUGAAGGAAUAACGAAAUCGCACCGAUUGGCUAGGGUUUUAAAGAAUGCGUCGGCCGGCGUAUUCAACUCCGCCGGACGAGUUACAGCUUCCCGGCUGGAGGAUAUGAGUAAUGAAAAUUCCCGUGAGCUCAUCAGUCAUCAGUCUCCGCGCCGCCACUUUUAUUCCGUCGCUUUGUUUUCGGGCAAUACCUGUGGAGCUUCAAGAACUGAAUUUUAUUGCCGACAAGUUGCACCGUCAUCAAUGAUGAUGCCGAAUAGAUUCUUUUCUUCUGAAGCAAGGGCUACCGAGAAUGAUUCUGCUGAUGCAGAGACAGUCAAAGGAGUGUAUGAUAAGUUGGUGAACUGUGUGACAGAGAAAAGAACCGCCCCUCCAAAUGCUUGGUUGUGGUCACUCAUUACUAAAUGUUCCACGCAGGAAGACAUUGAACUCUUAUUCGAUAUUUUGAAGAAACUUCGUAAAUUUAGGCUGUCCAAUCUUCGAAUACCCGAUGACUUUAAUAGUGCACUUUGCAGGGAAAUUACAAAGGCCUGUGUUCGUGCAGGAGCCAUUGAUUUUGGUAUGAAGACUUUGUGGAAACAUAAUUUAUUUGGACUAACUCCUGACAUUGGAUCGGCUCAUAUUCUGCUGUUACACGCCAAGCAACAUAAUGAUGUGAAACUCAUGACCAAAAUAAUGAAGCAUGUUAAAAUCAAUGAUUUACCUCCACAACCUGGCACGGCAGAUAUAGUUUUCAGCAUUUGUUAUAAUGCGGACAAAUGGGAUUUGAUGUGUAAGAAUGGAAAAAGGUUUGUCUUGUCUGGAGUAAAACUGAGGCAGUCUUCCUUUGAGUUAUGGAUGGAAUUUGCUGCCAAAAAGGGAGACGUUGAUUCCCUUUGGAAGAUUGAGAAAUGGAGAUCUAAGGCGAUGAAACAGCAUAGUCUUUCAACUGGGUUUUCUUGUGCAAAGGGUCUCCUUCUUGAACAUAAGCCUGAUGAUGCUUCUGCCAUUAUCCAAGUGCUAUAUCAGACUUCACCCGAUGCAAGAAAAUCAAGUGUUGUGGUUGAGCUUCAAAAGCUAGUGAGCGAGUGGCCAUUGGACGUUAUAAAGCAUCAGAAAGAGAACAAACAGGUAUUUGCUGAGGCAUUACAAAGUGAUAUUUCUCAGCUGCUCAAUGCUUUACGAACAUUAGGCGUGAAGGCAGAUGUUAACAUUCAAGAGUUUGCUGGAAAAGAAACACUCUUGUCUUAAGACUCGACUAGUUGAAUUUAUGCAUAGGUUUCCGCUUCUAACGGUGACAGAGUCCAGGCAUUUUGUAGUCGUGCAUGUUGUUGGAGCAAUUGAAAACGCCCCUUGCUGUUUUUUUGGUUAAAUUCGUGGGAGUUACGGAACAUAAAAUGCAAUAUGAAACUUGAAAGUCAAUAUUUUCUUGGCUUUUUUCUACAAGUUGUAGCAUUGAAUUCAUGCUUGAACUUUAUAUCUUGUUCUUCCAUUGUUUCAAAUAGCAUGCUAUGUAGCUCGCUAUAGUGUGCUAUAGAGUUUUUUUCUUUUUUUAAAAAAAAAAAAA